AUGGAGAACGUCUCUCAUAAGGGUUUAACGUCUGGUGUAACCCGCUCCCGUCCAGACUUCGACGGGGAAUGGUGUAUGACCUGGCUUCGCCUUCAUCCGGAACGCAUUUCUCACCUUGCUAUGGGUUCUACAGCCUUUGACAAGCCCGACGACGCUAAAGUUCUCUCAAUGGCUGAGCAAUGGCUCUAUGCACCGACCACGAGGUUGAAAGAUAAGCGCCAACAACUGCAUCAGCGUCACCAACACCACCUGCAGCACCUUGUCGAUCAUCCACUUGGUGCUGACCUGAUCAAGUCCGUAACUCUAGAUGGUGUAAGAAGACGUUAUCAUUCGCCUGGAGAAACUACUCCUCCCUCCCCUUCUGGCUCCGAAAUUGAGAAUCAAUACCAGGCGGGUAGUGGUUGUGGUCGCAGUUGCAGUCGCCAUAGUAAUCGGAUUGGCAGGACUAGCUCUGAGGAUGAUUUCCUUGUCACUGCGUCCGACCCAGAGCCCUCCUCUCUCCGAUUCACUUCAGAAGGACGGUUGCUGGCCUCACCGACGGUUCUACCAUCGUCGUUAGAUCGUAGGGUGAGACGAGCGAGCGUAUCGGAGGUGGCGAGGUUGGAAAAGGGGAAAAAUGCAGAGCAGGAGAAUGUUGGAAAAGAAGAUGUGGAUCCGAUUGUGACUGUGGUCAAAACCCAUCGACAUCGUCUGCGUCGGAGGGGAUCCCUCAACAAG